AUGACCACAGCACAGGGCCCUGACCAGAGUGAAAUAGGCUCCGACAUCAAAGAGCUUUUUAGAGGAAUCUAUUCGACACAUGUUUAUGGGCAAAUUGAUUAUGGACUCCGUGAACCGCCCCCGCCCGCACUCUCCGAGGAGACUCCGACCUUACAGCAUAUCCAGGAGGUUUUGGAGCAGCAGCAGCAAACGGCAGAAGUCCAAUCUGUGGACUCGAAUUUACUUCGCCUUACAUUGGGACAUGAAAAAAAUAUUGUCACAGUCACGAACAACUCUUCGGAUGGGAAACGCGACCUUCAAUACCUGAUCUACGUCCAGUUCCUCGCGAAUAUCGAGCAGGAAAAGACCGCCCUUCGGGAGACCACUGCUCACGAGAAUCUCUUCGACCCGAAUCGAGAAAAAUUGGACCAUUUCUACCUACAAACAAAAAGCAAGCCAGAAUCCGAUAUCACCUCGGAAUGCAUCUUCGGCGAAUCGAUUUGUAGAGGUUCAAUCGGAGAAUUCGUGAAGUCCUGCGCUCAACCUAACGGAAACCCCCUCACUAUUUUCACGCAAAGCCAAGACACCAAUCCAGAGCAAAAUGAACUUUCUGGAUAUAGAUACAGAAAGGUUGUCGUUUCAGGUAUGCCCUUCGUCUAG